ACGCUCACCCGCGAGCUCCCUCUCUUGCUUCCCCCUCACCAGCACUCACCCACGCGCUCCCUCUCUUGCCUGCAUCUACCCCCGGCGAGGACCACCUCCUCCGCCAACGAAGAUGCAGCCAGCAAGCGGCGCCGAUCAAAUGAAGUCGAAGCAUCAGCCGUGGGUUCCGCCGGGGGUCAUGCAGUAUCCGGUUUCUCCGAUGGUGAUGCAGAACCACAUGGUUCCGCCACCGCCGCCGCAAUUUGCGCCGCCACAUUUCUUUGGUUUUCACCAGCCGAUGCACCCACCUUCUUCCCCUCUGCAGCAGAUGGGGACUAGCGCCGAUGAGAAUAAGACGAUAUGGGUGGGGGAUCUCCAAUACUGGAUGGAUGAGAAUUAUCUGCAUGGUUGCUUUGGGCAUACUGGCGAGGUCAUCUUCAUUAAAGUUAUCCGCAAUAAACAGACAGGAAAGUCAGAAGGAUAUGGUUUCGUUGAAUUUUUUACUCAUGCGGCAGCUGAUAAAGUAAUUCAAACAUUCACUGGCCAUUUGAUGCCUAACAGUGAUCAACCUUUUAGGCUAAAUUGGGCCUCAUUUAGUACUGGUGAUAGGCGUUCCGAAUUAGCUUCUGGUCACUCUAUUUUUGUAGGCGAUCUUGCUCCUGAUGUUACAGAUUCUUUGCUUCAAGAAACUUUUUCUACCAAAUACUCCUCUAUAAAAGGUGCAAAAGUUGUCAUUGAUGCUAACACUGGCCGUUCAAAAGGAUAUGGCUUUGUUAGAUUUGGAGAUGAUAAUGAGAAAGCUCUUGCUAUGACUGAGAUGAAUGGCGUUUAUUGCUCAAGCAGGCCCAUGCGCAUUUGUGCUGCAACUCCAAGAAAAUUAUCUGGUGGUUCAGGAUAUAACAGUGCAUCUGCACCGAGCUACCAAUCAGAUGGAGAUUUCACAAACACAACAGUAUUUGUGGGAGGACUUGACCCAAAUGUUAGUGAAGAUGAGCUUAAGCAGAUCUUUUCUAAGCAUGGCGAUGUUGCCUCUGUGAAGGUUCCGGCUGGGAAGCAAUGUGGCUUUGUACAAUUUGUCCAAAGAAGCAAUGCUGAAUCUGCUUUGCAAGCGCUGAAUGGAACACUCAUAGGGAAGCAAACAGCACGGCUUUCAUGGGGUCGCAAUCCAGCUAAUAAGCAGUUGAGAGUGGAUUCUAUGAACCGGCGGAGCGGUGGGUACUAUGGCGCACAAAUCUAUGGGGGAUAUGGCUAUGCUGUGCCGUUUCAGCAUCCUGGCAUGUACGCUGCUGCUUAUGGUCCUUACUCCACUUAUGGUUUCCAGCAACAGGUCAGUUAGUGGCUUUAUCUAAGCUGGCUUCCAGGUUAUAGUGAGUAAUGGAAAAUAGAUGCAGUGUAAAAUACACCUACAAACCAGUACUAUCUUUAGUUAAUUCCUCAAUUUCUGAGGAUAUUUCUCACAUUCUUUGAAAAUUUUGACUGAUUGUUGGUAGAAAAAAACUAGAUUAUUUGUACUGUACUGCAAUUAUGUGCUUGAAUUGUUAUCCAUUCUUUCAUAGAAUACUUUGUUAUCUUGUUAUUA